AUGUCUGAAGCAUGCCAGUUGCCAAUAGGCUCGGGGCGCGACGAGGCACAAUUGCCGUUGCAGCAGCAUCCCGAGCUGCUGAUGGCCGCUCGGGAGGGCAAUCCGGCACGAUUAACUCGUCUCCUGGGAAACGGGCCUGCGGGCUCCGGAGUGGUCGUCAACAUCGGGGACGCCGACACCGCCAUGGAUGAGUCAGCGCGUCCUGUGGACGCAGUCGGCGUGGACGUCCCCAUGGACGUGGAGCUGAACAAAAUCCUCCAUGUUAUUGCGUCCAAUGGAGACAGCCCCGACUUCCUGGAGAGCGCGAGGGUCGUCUACGGCAUGGCCAACCACCUCCUGGACGCAUGCAACGCCAACGGAGACACGCCCUUCCAUUGCGCGGCGAGGGCUGGGAUGGUGGAAAUGGUCUCGGAGCUCAUCAGUCUGGCGAGAACGGAGGGUGGUGGGGAAAGAGUGAAGGCGGUGCUUGGAAAGCUGAACAAGCAAGGGGAGACGGCCCUUCACGAGGCCCUCCGCUUGCCCUACAAGGAGACAGUCCUGGCCAUGGUCAGCAGGUUAAUGGCGGCGGAUGCCGAACUGGCUCAGGUUCCACUUGCAGAUGGCACCUCGCCGCUGUACCUGGCCGUCUUGUUGGGGCAUGAUGAUAUUGCCGAACGGCUGCAUCAACAUGACGAGGGGCUCUCUUAUUCUAGACCAAAUGGACAAAACGCUUUGCAUGUUGCUGUUCUCCGGAGCACUAGAAUGACAGAUAAUCUACUGGAAUGGAACAAGAAGCUCAGCAAACAAGGAGACAAAACCAAGGGACGUACGCCCAUUCAUUUUGCAUCGUUGCGUGGGGUGUGGGUUACGGUCAUGUCACUGCUAAACUCUGACAAAUCUCUAGUAUACCAGUCUGACAACGAUGGAUCAUUCCCCAUACACAUGGCAGUUACUACAAGGCAGUUGUACGUGGUCCUUGGUUUGCUUAAGAAGUGCCCUGAUUGUGCCCAGCUACGUGACGCUAGAGGCAGGACAUUCUUCCAUAUAGCUGCCCAACAAGGCUCCACGGUGCUAGUCUUUUUGGUUUUGUCACUUUUACGAGAAAAACCAAGGUUUGCAUCAAUCAUAAAUAUGCAGGAUAAUGAUGGCAACACUGGGCUACACCUUGCUGUCCUAGCAGGGUCGUUGCAUACUUUUCUAUUUAUGUUGUGGGAUAAGGAUGUUAUGUUGAAUUUAUCAAAUUGCGAGGGGAAAACUGCGCUUGAUCUUGCACAGAGCAACAUACCCACAGGUGUUACUUUUGGACUGGAUCCGAGUCGUAGCAUAUACUCUCUGCUGAUGGUGGCCGGUGCUCGAUAUGGUGCUCACAGUGAAAUCCAUGACCCUGUAGUACUAGAUAAGGAGAAGGAAGAAAAGAAUAUCAUGGACUCCACACCAACCAUUGGCAUUGUAUCAGCCCUACUCGUGACGGUCACAUUCGCAGCAUCUUUUACUGUACCCGGUGGGUACCGCGCCGACGAUGACCCUGUGUCGAGCCACCAAACCGCUGGCACCCCGGUGCUCGCCGCCACGUACUCUUUCCAGGCCUUCAUUAUCGCCAACAACCUAGCACUACUAUGCUCCUCCAUGGCCACCAUCAGCCUCAUGUACGCUGGGAUCACCACGUUCGACAUCGGAACACGGAAGUGUGCUUUCGUCCUCUCUAUCUUCUUCCUCAACAGCUCGGCCCGGAGCCUGGCUGUUGCGUUCGCGUUCGGCAUGUACGCGGCGCUUGCACCGGUCGCCCACGCAGCUGCCGUCGGCACAUGGCUCAUCCCGGCUGCCUCGUUGCUUGACGUUGUUUGGUUCGUGUGUGCGUUCAUGAUCUCGCAGCUGGCGCUUCUCAACAGGAUCCCAACUCGUGUGUGCGUGCUGCGGUCCGUGGUUGUGUUCAUAUGCCCACUCCUUGGGGCACUCUGGCCGUACGCAAUAAUCGGAGGUUUCCUAGCGUAUUCCAAGAUUUUCCACACAAUCAACUGA